ACAAAAAUGGACGACAAAGCAAUUACGGGUAAACGCCGAUCUCAGAAUUGGCAAGAUGACGAGGAAGUGAUGUUAAUUGAGGAAGUUAAAACAAGAUCGGGGGCCUUGUUCGGCUUGAUGAAAGGGAGCGGGGCCAAAGGAAAGCUUAAAGUAACGCGAGAAAGGGAAUGGCAACUGAUUGCCGAUAAAUUGAAUUCACUAUACGACACCAAAAGGAGGACCUGGGAGGAGGUUAAGAAAAAAUAUUAUAAUGUCAAAUCAAGAAGCAAAGAAAAGCUGGAUGGAGUUAAACGCCCAAAAACUGGUGGUGGUCCCCCUCUCCCCCCUCUCACACAAGGAGAGGAAACAUUUCUGCGUCUUGCAGAUGGAGAGCCACAUCUCUCUGGUCUACAGGGGGGUAUUGAUACAGAUGCUCCAAGCAUGUCUUCAGUUUCUCAGACAGUUGACCCUGCAGGUGACCACCUCGAACAAGGUUCAGAAGAACAGAGUUUGACAGAUACGCCUACCAUUAGUACGGUUACCUCAGUUGAGAAAGUUCCAACAGUUCAAGUGAAUCAUGGAGUGAAACGAAAAGGAAAGACAGAUGCAGGAGAAGGCAAAAGAAGAAGAUAUGAGGACCUAGAGGAGAAGAACUUGUUAUUAGACAACAAAAGACUGGAGGAGGAAUUACACAGGGUUCAAGAGGAGAGAGAAGUUCUGGCAUUAAAGAAAGAGGUCUUGUUGUUAAAGAAACAGAAACUUUUAGGAGAGAUCCAAACUCUAUAUCCCAGUUUUCUAGCUGAGUUGUAAUUAUCU